AUGGCGCUCGCAGACGUCGAAGUAUUCGAAGACGCAGUUCCCCUGGUUCGUAGCUGUCCAGCCCUCAACGAGAUUCGCACUUCGGGAGAUUUCAAAGACCUCACCAUAGAGGUAGCUCUCCUUCCUGUUACCGUUCUUUACACGGAAAUUUGUUCGUGUUUGUUAGGUGAAGCACGGCGCUAUUCUCAAUGCUCAUCGAAUAAUACUAGCAGCUCGCAUUCCGUCAUUGCGAGCUGCUCUCAGUGGCGCCCUCGGGAAGGAUAAUUCGGUGCUCAAAUGGCCGACGGUGCCUCUGAAGUAAAAUCAUCCUCCUUUCUCUGAUUUUGCUUUUGCACUUUCUAGCCUCGCAAAUUCACUCCUCCAGUAUGUGUACACCGGGCGGUUGCAGAUGACCCAAGCGAAUGCGAUGGCCAUAGUGAUGUUUGCGAAAAUGAUGAAACUGUCUGAUCUGGAGAAUUGGGGAGUGCAAUUCAUGGCCAACAGGUAAAUAUGUGCGGGUUCUUUCUGUUUAACUGUCGGCUGUAAAGAGUGAAUUUAGAAAAUCUGGCUACCACAUGGGACUUUGCCAAAUCUGUGCGCAUGGAAUCCCUGAUGGAGACUUGCAUCAAUCUGAUGCAAGAGCAGUUUAGGAGUUUCGUCUCGUCUGACCUCUUUGUUCGCCUACCAGCUGACACCGUGCUGACUUUGUUGCGAAACGACUAUCUGUCAGUUGACUCCGAGGAGGCAGUUUUUGAGGCGAUUUCAAGCUGGGUGGCUGCCGGAGAUAAAGAGUGCGAUAAUGAGAGACUGAGAUUGCACGCUUCGGAAAUGCUAAAGGAGGUUCGUUGGUGUCAGACGACUCUCCAAUUCCGCAGUCGCCUAGUCGAUAGUCAUCCAAUUUUCCAGGAUAGCAUCAGUUGUGCGUAAGUAUAUGCUCUUCCAGUUCGCAAUUUAUUUUCUAAUGAAAGUCGUUUUAUGUCUCAGGUGGAGCAGUGGAUGUGGUUCGCAGACAAGGACAAACCGCCGUGUCCCUUCAACCAACGUCGGAGAACGCAUCCUGCGAUCUUCUUCGUAUUUGGAGAGGACGAAGAUCAGGACAGGUGGUCUGUUCUGCGUUUCAAUCCCUACCUGGAAAAGGAAGAGAGGAUUGCUGACAUGGAGAAGCGCAAAUGGGCCACCCACAGUCUCGUGGGCGGUGAGUUGCCUGACAGUUACGCACCGCCUCUUCUGCGCAUCUGCCUUGUUUUCCUCUUUGUCUAAUUUCACCAGUUGGUGUCUCUUUUUGCCGGAAUUAUAACAAACACACACACAGUCCUGCCAGUGCAGCUGCCAUCGCCACACAAUGCGUAGGAUUGCAGUAGCAGUAAUUGAGGGGUUUUGAGGUGUCCGAGUUGUCCAUUCGCCCGGCCUGUCCCGACGCGUUUGCUGUUUUCCGUCUUCAAUUUACCCAACCGUGUCUCCACCUGCGUGGUCUGUGUCCGUCACUGGCGGCUAUUGAACUGGGAGAUUUGUCCAUCCACGUCUUUUUGUCUGACGAUGAUGACAUUCCCCCUCUUUCUGUGAACUACACGCCUUUUUAUUUUAUCUUUCCUAUCUCCUUUUAUCUUUCUUCAACGCAAUUUUAUAAAAAAAAAUUUCUGCUCCACACCACCCCCACGGAAGAGGGCAUUUUCGUGGUUGGAGGAGACACUGCGCAACAGGAAAACUCCACGAGUGUCGAGGAGUUUCUGGUGGGAGAACGGCGCUGGCGCAAACGGGCGUCCCUCGCAGUUGGACGCAGCUUGCACGCAGCCGCAGUUGUGACGGAAGCCGGAGGGGAGGCGCUGAUCGGCGUUUUCGGUGGAGUAAACGAUAACGAUGGAUGCCUUUCCUCUUGUGAAGUCUAUGAAGUCAGUCGGGACAGGUGAGAGCACACUCGCCCUGGCGCCUCCUUUUUUUUCUUGCAAAAUCUUCCUGUUUUGCCUUCUCACUCGUCUCCUCCUCCUCCCCCCAACACACAGGUGGUUCAAACUGCCUGAUCUGCGAGAGAAGAGGAACUCCACAGCUGCUGCCUGCCUGCCCGGCGACAGUAGAGUCUUCAUUUUUGGCGGCCGGAAUGGCCCCUCCUCCUGCCUGGCUUCUGUGGAGUUCUGCCACCUGCGAGCAGACUGGCGAGAGAGGACGACCUCGUCGGACUUUUGGCAGCCAGCCGCACCCAUGAGAACUGUAUGCGAGGGGCUGGCAGCGACACACUUUCGGGGGAAAAUCAUUGUCGCCGGGGGAUAUGAUGGAAAGAGAUUAAACGUGGUGGAGAUGUUCACACCACCAGAUGCCAAGUGCCCCCUGGGCCAGUGGACAGAGCUGGCCGGCAUGAAGGAACCCCGCGCGUUUUUCGCUCUUCUCACCUCCACCGACGACGCCAUCUUUGCUCUCGGUAAUGAUGCCUCCUCCUUCUUUGCUCUACACUGAUUGCAUUCCUUCUCCACUUUCUCCUCUUUUUCAUGCCAUUCCAUGGCCUUUUCUGUGUAAGUCCUUUUUAUGAGGAAGAUUGAGACAUCCCAUGCAUGGCCUUUCGUAAACACAACGAGGUUAGAGCCGAUGGUAGGCUGUUUGUAGUGCAAAUCUUUUGCUUAUUAAAACAGAUUUUUACGCGAAUUACGCAACCGAGAGGUUAAAGCGCCUUCAGUAGAUACUGCGUUCAAAGCUUACUCAGUCUACUCUGAGUUUUAUUGAAAUAAAUUUUUGUCUAGCGGUAUUGUGCAAAUCGUAUGCUAAUUUUUCUAUUUUGAUAUUUAUGAAGAUAGAAUUUCACUGGAAUUAUUCACAAUUUGCAGGCUGUUGGAAUGGAUCCGGAAACACGGUGGAGACUUUCACAGCACCAGGCGGGCCAGCUGAUGUCAGCAACGACUUGACAGCUUGGAGUUGGUCGUCGAAGAAACCACUGGAGACGCUCGCAAAGAUCGCAGGAGCUGCAAGCAUUCGCAUGUAA